GCUAAAGCAAGCAAGAAGAAGCAUUUGUUUACAUUUUAUUUCACACUGUGCAAUUUGCGUAAAUAAUUAUGACGACUGGCUCCGAAGUUGAUGGAGAUGAUGAGAACCAGGACAGUGUUAGCACCUCUUCCAAACCGGAACUUCCUCCGGAGCUAAUUGACAUAUUUAAAUCCCUGGCCGAAAACAAGAAAAUCGUCUUUAAAUCGCAGCAAAUUGAUGAUCCAGAAAUUCCUUUCGAGGAAAAACAAAAAAUUGCUCAGGAAGCCUUCGAAAAGAAUCGCGAGAACUUCCUCAUCCGUUUUGGAGGCUAUCUAGAUGUUCGACAACUAGUUUCCUUCCAGGAUCUGGCUGUUAAAGAACCCAUCAAACCAGAUGAGAAUCUAGAGGAGAUGUGCCUUUUGCUGGAGGAUUUUAAAAGAAAACUAAGCACGCGUUCGGUAUCCAUUAAAAACCGAAGAUACCACGCGAUGCAGCAGCUCUUGGAGAAGGGAGAAUACUUUAGCGAGCAUGAGAUGAUGCAAAGGGCACCUGAUCUUUAUCAGGAAUUAGUGGGUCAAUACCUCACGGAGGCGGAAAAAAAAAUUCGGGAUAGUUAUGAUGUUAAAAACACCAGUUUUUCUGGAAUUCUCAUGCACACGUUGGAAAAAAAGCAAAGAGAUGAAUUGCUGGAGGAAAUGCAACAGGAAAAAGGAGAAGAAAUGGAGGCAGCUCCUCCGCCCGCUGAUUUUGAAGUCCCUAUAGCUUGCCGAAAGCAAUGGGGUGGGUUCGACGAGGAUGAGCCUAUUGCCUGUUCCACAAGUCGUAAUGCAGAAGCUCGAGUUCCAGCAAACAUAGCUAGUAUCUCAACACCAGAGUUCUAUAAUCCCGGAGAGCGCGAACUGCUGCGCAAUGAGUUCUUCAGCAUGAUGAAGGAACGUUUUCUAAGCGGGGACGAUAAGGACUUUGAUUAUACAGCCGUAGAUGAUAACACUCAGCUGGAUGAUCUUAAACAAAUUGAGCAGGAUGAGGAGGAUGCCUACUUCGAAGACAGCGAUGAUGAAGAGGAAUUGGGAGACCAAAAAACUGAAGAGAAGGAAGCAUCAAGCGAGGAUGAACUGGACAUCUACAUGAGGCAUCUGAGCAAUCAUCACAGUCUGCAACAUUAGUCAAAGAUAAAGACUAAGACGACAAAAAUCCACAACAGUCUGCAGCAUUAGUCUUUAAUCUUAGUCAUAGUUUUAGCCUUAAAAAGUUUUGAUCUUAGACACUAGAAUACAUGCAGUUGCUGAGUGAAAA